GGUGCGUCACGAGCCCCCCUCUUCCUGCGCUGUCUCUACCUGGUGGGCUUCCUGGAUCUGUUUGGUGUCAGCAUGGUAGUGCCUUUAUUGAGCCUUCACGUCAAGUCUCUUGGAGCAAGUCCCACCGUUGCUGGAAUAGCAGGCUCCUCCUACGGCAUCUUGCAGCUCUUUUCUAGCACACUGGUGGGCUGCUGGAGUGAUGUGAUUGGAAGACGGCUUUCCUUGCUGGUGUGCAUUCUCUGCAGUGCCCUGGGUUAUCUUAUUCUUGGAGCCUCUACCAACAUGUUCCUGUUUGUCCUCGCUAGAGUCUCUGUGGGUAUUUUUAAACAUACACUCUCCAUUUCAAGGGCUAUGCUUUCUGAUCUGGUUCCAGAGAAGGAGCGGCCAUUAGUCAUUGGACAAUUAAAUACAGCGUCUAGUGUGGGCUUCAUCUUGGGCCCCGUGGUCGGUGGCUAUCUUAGUGAACUAGACGGUGGAUUUUGUCUAACAUGCUUCAUCUGUUUUUCUGUCUUCAUUCUCAAUGCUGGUCUCGUUUGGCUGUUUCCAUGGAGUGAAGUGAGUGUCCAUAGUACAGAGAGCAGCCUGCGAUUGGGUGAGAACCAUGCGCCUCUGCGGGGCCUGAAGAGCCUGGUGUUCUCUGAGAUGUGGGACGUGUUUCUGGUGCGCUUGCUCAUGGCCGUGGCGGUCAUGCUGUACUAUAGCAACUUUGUCUUGGCCCUCGAGGAGCGCUUCGGGGUGCGACCCAAGGUGACGGGCUACCUCAUCAGCUACAGCAGCGCCGUGGGGGUCCUGGCCGGCCUGGUCCUGGGGCCCGUCCUGCGGCUGUACAGGCACAACUCCCCCAGGCUGCUGCUGCACUCCAGCGCACUCACCUUCCUGCUGCUGCUGCUCUACUCCACGGCCCCCACCCUGGGCACCGCAGUCGUCCCCUCCAUGCUGCUGUCCUUCUCCACGGCCCUCGGCAGGACGUGCAUCACAGACCUCCAGCUAGCUGCAGGCGGGGCCCAGGCCAGGGGCACCCUCAUAGGCGUGGGGCAGUCAGUGACGGCCGUGGGCCGGGUCAUGGCCCCCCUCCUCUCCGGAGUUGCCCAGGAGUUCAGCCCUUGUGGCCCCCCCAGUCUGGGGGCGGCGUUAGCGUUGUUGGCUGUUUUCAUAAUGUUGCUGAACAAACCUCGCUAUGGUGGUGACAGGAGCGGCAGAUUAAAACGUGAAUAGAAUGGAUUUGGACAACACAAGCGGAAUCCGAGGGUGUGAGUGGGGAGAGGCCAGGUGAGAGGGUGCGUUGGGAAGGGUGAGUGUCUAAGUGGGACGUUUCCAUGCGACUCCUGCAGGCCAGCCUCCAGCUCCGCGCCUAGGCCCAUGGGACGAUCAGAGCCCAUCCAGGGGAAUGAAAGCAGUGAUGGGAGAAGAACCUGUGCAAGGGCAGAGGCCCACGGGUUUCCCUCAAUAAAAGCAGACUGCAGUCAGCCGGGACACAGGCGCCUGUUCAUUGUGUGAGCGAAGAGGGGCUUUUCUUCUGUCUGACCCUGGAGACUGAAGGAGCUGCUGAAAGCCUGUCUGUCAUUCAAGUCAGAACAAGGUUAUGGACGCUGGUUCCACCUGGGACCUGGUUAAGAGUCAGAGGCCAGCCUCACCCCUAGAGACUGAUCCGCGGCCCGGUGAGGCCAGACAUCUGCUGCAUUCGGUAAGUACCUCGUGCAGUUCCUCGUGGAGGCAGAGAAAGGAGCUCUGAGACAGGCUGGUUUUAGAGUAAAACCCAGAGAGACUUGGCUGCCUUUAUUAGGCGCUAACUCUCCCCUUAUUGGACUGCACUUCCCCAGCUCUCGGCACUGUAGCCCCUAACGUGGGUGCAGAAUCAGAGUGGCAGGCGUCACGCCUUCUCGGGGGACUUAAUUCUGCAGCGUCUUGUGUUGAAGGUCAUUUCCUUUGUUUUGCUGUCACAACUGUGAACGGAAGAGCUGUUUUUCUCCAGGGACAUGGUUUGGUGAGCCUUUUCCGGGGCCUAGACUGGGCUGCCAUUCCAAGAUCAGUGCCCAAGGGGUGAGGGCCCAGGGGGGCUCGCAGGGCUCGGAGGAAGGCGCUGGUGGGCACUUCCUGUUUGGUUGACAGCAGUCACUAAUGAAGUCAGGUAGGGCUCCCUCUCUUUCCUCACACAAAUGACCCAAGUCAGUCUUCUCGUUCAGUCCACUAGGGUGUACAGUAAGUCCUGCUUCCACCCCCACGCACAGAGAACUGUGAAUAAGGUUUUAACACACUUACUUUAUGACUUUAUUAUUAUAGGUAAAGCAGAAAAAUAUUUCUAUAGGUUUAGAACUGGGAUGUGGGGAAACUCAAAUUUUUAUGCUAAAGAACCAAUUGGCAUGUGAGGAUUGUCCUUUCUCCUCCCUAAUUGCAAGGAAAAGGUGAACUUUUCACUAAGUGUCAUCACGCCGACCUGCUAUGCAAGUGCCCGGUGCUGGAGGAGAGCGCACUGUGAUGGACAGUGGCCUCCCCUGGAGCGACCAGCUCGCCAUGCAGGCUGGACGGGAAGGCGGUGACCAGCCAAGCGUUCUGUACUGAAGGAGGAUUUCCCCAGAGAAGGAGUUUUCUCCACCUCAGAAGGAGCAGGUUUCUUAGAAGCUGAAAGAUAGCCUUGCUUUUAUUUUUAAAACCAAAGCACUUUAUUUUUGAAGUUAAAUACAAGCAAGCUUCUAAACUAAUGAGGCUUUAUAGUUACUUGGAUCCAUGGAAACACUGAAAACCAGAGACGGCCUUGGAGAGAGACUGCUGCGCUGGGGAUCAGUGUCUCGUUCACGUGAUGAUUUUUAGAUAAACAUGGUCUUACAGCUCCU